CAACAAAAAAUUGUGAGAGGAAAAUCUCCCAAAUUAUUUUCCACAAAGCCUUUGUGGAAUCAUUUAAAAAGCAAACAUCCAUCAACAAUUAAAAAUAUGGAUGGAAAUGGAAAUACAAAUGAUGUCGAAACUGAUGGACCAGCUUUAAACUUGAAUUCUCCACCAUCGACAUCGAUCUCACAAUCAAAAUCUUAUCAGCCUACUCUGCAAUAUUUAAUUAAGAAAAAAGAAAUGUGGUCUUUGGAUGAUCCAAAAGCCUUGAACAUAACCAAAAAGAUCUGCGAAAUGAUGGCUCUUGAUGCUGAACCAUUCGCACUAGUUGAACGAAAAGGAUUUCAAAGGUUGAUGAAUUACUUAGCACCGCAGUAUCCAUUACUUGUAGAACAUAUUUUUCCGAAAAAAUUAUGCCAUAUCUCUAUAAAAAUUUAA